AUGUCGCUAUACGAGUGGCUCCCCCACUACCAUUUCCCCACCACCAAGACCCCCGAGCUGCUGCGCCGGCGCAACGCCGUCGGCGCCCGCUGGGGCGCCAUCGCCACCCUCACGGUGUGGGCGCUAUUGAUGGUGAUCCCGGUGGUCAACUGGCUAUACAAGCGGGGGUACCGCAUAGCCCAGCGGCCGCCGUUACUCCCCAAAGUGACCCGGUGGUUGACUCAAUUGCAGUCGCCGUCAGCGGCGUCAGCGCCGCUGGCCGCGCUGCUGGCGCUGCUGGCGCCGCAAUGGGCGCCCCAAUACACAGAAUACCUGGCCCUUCUCGACUCCCAGCCCGUCCCACGACGGCGCCGGUCUCGAAUAAUCCGCUGGUGGAACCACCUCAUCGAUGGUCUCAAAGAGUUUUCGUACUGGAUGGCGCUCCGCUGGAAUAGCAUCGCCCGCAUCGGGUUCUGGGCGGCGCUCUUGACGUUCUUCGCCGUCAUCGAGACCAACAACGACUAUGUGUGGCUCGCCAAACGGCUAGGAAGGAUCCCCGCCAUUUGUAUGCCCCCGAUCUUGUUUCUCACGUUGCGCCCGCUGCCGCUACCGCACACUCUAUACCUCGCUGUGUUGCCCAUCCACAAAUGGAUGGCGCGAUUGAUUGUGGUCCAGGCGGUCGUCCACACGAUCAUCUACUUGUUUUACUUCCAGUUUAAGAACGGGCUGUUUCACAAAGCGUGGAAGCGCGAAAAUCUAUACGGCUGGGUAGCCCUCUUUGGCUUUCUCGUGAUCACCGUCACCCUGUUGGGCCAGAUGAGAAACCGCUACUAUCGCUUGUUUUACAUCAACCAUUAUUUGUGGACGUGGGUGAUCGUGGCGAUGUUACAAGUCCACAUCCGCCCCUGGAACUAUAAGUGGUAUACGGCGGCUAAUGUGGCGAUACUAAUAUGGCAGAUUGCGGCACGGGUGUACAUGCUGGUGUACUCCACUACCCGUUCGCAAAUCGGGUUUGUCGAGGUGAAACAGGCGCUGCCGCUGUUUACCGUGGUCCAGUUCCCCAAGCAGUUUCUUGCUGUGCCUCAUAAAAACCCGGGGGCCCACUUACGCCUUACUUUGUUACCGAAGCAGUGGUGGCGGCGGUGGUGGCGGCUCGCGGUGCCGAUGUACCACCCGUAUACUCUAGCCCUGCUUCCUAACGAUAAGACCCAGCUGUUGAUCAUUAGAGAGCUGACGUUCCGGUUAGUGAAUGAUGGCGAUUACGUCAUCUGUGCCACCUACGACCCAAAGCUCUUGUUUAUCACUAGAGAUACCCACCACCAGAAGACGAAAAAACCCGCUAAAUUUCAAAUUCUGAGGCUCCACAUCAACGCUAAGCGGAUGUUGAUUGUCAUUGGCGGCCUGGCGGUGCUGUUUGCCCUCCCCUUAAUCCGAGUGGCCACUUACCACGGUAUCCCCGUCAAAGUAGUAUGGGUGGUACGCGAUUUCCGAGACGUCCAAGUGCUAAAACACUAUGAGGAUGUGGUCUCCGGCGACGACUUUGAGAUCUACGUCACGGGCGAGCCGCUGCUUUCGCGCCGCAGGCUGUUCUACUUCGACCGCGACCUUGCCGACGCUGUGGUCGACGAUACUGACCCCUAUUUACGCAAAUGGUUUGAUAGCCACGACGAUGACGUCUACGAGAACGUUGAAGUCGAUGUGGCGCUGGCCCCAGCCUCGGAUUCGGGGACAGUAAGAGCGCCGCUGCCAGCGCUGUGUGGGUCGCUGGUGGUCGCUACUACACCAACAUCAGCACCAGUACCGCCAGCGCCCCGACGGAUUCGAAAGAAGCCGCUGAUGAACGACCCUUUCGAAGUGUACUACUCGAAACUGAGCUCAGAACACUCGAAAAACUACGUGGUUCAGUACCGCGAGACCGUGGAAUCGCUUGGAAUAUCCCACAGGGUAUAUAAGGGCCGCCCAGUGAUGGACCACCGCUACGUCGACUGGUGCAUUAACGAAGGUUUCACUCAGUGUUCCGGUCCCGUGGCCGAUGAAAAUAACAACUUAGUGUGUUGUCAAGCGGUCCAGCCGAAUCGGGUUCGCCAAACUAACGUCAAUUGCCGCGACGUGUGGGUGGUGCUGGCGGGUCCCGGUGGCCUCGUCAAUAAUAUGAAAUUGUGGGCGACACAAAACGGGUUCAACUUCCACGAAGAAGCAUUUAAUGUAUAG